GCUUCUGGAAGUUGCUGGAAUCCAGCUGAAGCUCCCAGAACUUGAAGACAGAUUCCCAAAGACUUAGAUCUGGCAGACCCCGAAUGUGGCAGCUUUUAGCAGCAGCAUGUUGGAUGCUUCUUCUUGGAUCUAUACAUGGUUAUCAUAAGAAAGGAGGCACCACAAAUCCUGAAGCUAAUAUGAAUAUUAGCCAGAUUAUUUCUUAUUGGGGUUAUCCUUAUGAAGUGUACGAUGUUGUGACAAAAGAUGGUUAUAUCCUUGGAAUUUACAGGAUUCCUCAUGGAAGAGGAUGCCCACAGAGAACAGCUUCAAAGCCUGUUGUGUAUUUGCAGCAUGGCUUAAUUGCAUCUGCCAGUAACUGGAUUUGCAACCUGCCCAACAACAGCUUGGCUUUCCUUCUGGCAGAUACUGGUUAUGAUGUGUGGUUGGGGAACAGCCGAGGAAACACCUGGUCCAGAAAACACUUGACAUUGUCACCCACAUCACCGGAAUACUGGGCCUUCAGUUUGGAUGAGAUGGCUAAAUAUGACCUUCCAGCUACAAUCAAUUUUAUCCUAGAGAAAACUGGACAGGAGCAACUCUACUACGUGGGCCACUCCCAAGGCACCACCAUAGCUUUCAUAGCCUUCUCUACAAACCCAGAGCUGGCUAAAAGGAUUAAGAUAUUUUUUGCACUGGCUCCAGUCGUCACAGUAAAAUACACCAAAAGUCCUAUGAAAAUAUUAGCAACUCUUUCCAGGCGACUGGCCAAGAUGUUGUUUGGUGACAAAAUGUUCUCCUCACAUACAUUGUUUAAGCAAUACAUUGCCACCAAAGUGUGCAACCAGAAGCUAUUCCAUAGUAUUUGCAGCAACUUCCUAUUUACUCUGAGUGGAUUUGAUCUGAAAAACUUAAACAUGAGUCGCUUGGAUGUUUAUUUGUCACAUAACUCUGCGGGAACAUCUGUUCAGAACAUGCUGCAUUGGGGCCAGGCGGUUAAUUCUGGUCAGCUCCAAGCUUUUGACUGGGGAAAUCCUGAUCAGAACAUGAUGCACUUCCACCAGCUUACACCUCCUUUAUACAAUGUUACUAAGAUGGAAGUUCCAACAGCAAUAUGGAGUGGUGGACAGGACAUUGUGGCCGAUCCCAAGGACAUUGAAAAUUUACUUCCUAAAAUUGCCAACCCUAUUUAUUACAAGCUGAUUCCACACUACAAUCAUGUGGAUUUUUACCUUGGGCAGGAUGCACCUCAGGAAAUUUACCAAGACCUGAUUGGAUUGAUGGAGAAAUGUUUACAAAAUUAAAUGUACUUUCCUUUUUCUAAACAAGUGGAUUUUCAUAAUAAUAGCGA